ACGCUCAAGUCCAACGCAGGACUCGUCUUCUCCGGCACACCACGCCACUCUCUCUCGCCAGACGCCAGCCACCUACGUCUACUCCUCCCCGGCGCCGCCACUGCCUCGCUCCCCAAGAUCAAUGGCUGACGGUGAAGAUAUCCAGCCACUUGUAUGUGACAAUGGCACUGGAAUGGUCAAGGCUGGCUUUGCUGGUGAUGAUGCCCCAAGAGCAGUUUUCCCUAGUAUAGUUGGCCGCCCUCGGCACACAGGUGUCAUGGUUGGGAUGGGCCAAAAAGAUGCCUAUGUGGGCGAUGAAGCGCAGUCAAAAAGGGGUAUCUUGACCUUGAAAUACCCUAUUGAGCAUGGCAUUGUAAACAACUGGGAUGACAUGGAGAAAAUCUGGCAUCACACCUUCUACAAUGAGCUGCGUGUUGCCCCUGAAGAGCAUCCGAUUUUGCUGACAGAAGCUCCUCUAAACCCAAAGGCAAACAGAGAGAAGAUGACCCAGAUCAUGUUCGAGACAUUCAAUGCACCAGCGAUGUAUGUGGCUAUUCAAGCUGUUCUUUCCCUAUAUGCCAGUGGUCGUACAACUGGUAUUGUGCUUGAUUCUGGCGAUGGUGUGUCUCACACUGUGCCAAUCUAUGAAGGAUAUGCCCUUCCUCAUGCAAUUCUUCGGCUGGAUCUUGCCGGCCGUGAUCUGACUGACUCCCUGAUGAAGAUCCUUACGGAAAGGGGUUACUCCUUCACUACAACUGCAGAGCGGGAAAUAGUAAGAGACAUAAAGGAGAAGCUUGCCUAUGUUGCCCUUGAUUAUGAGCAGGAGCUGGAGACUGCCAAGAGCAGCUCUUCUGUCGAGAAGAACUACGAACUGCCUGAUGGGCAGGUCAUCACGAUCGGUGCUGAGAGGUUCAGGUGCCCAGAGGUGCUAUUCCAGCCCUCGAUAAUCGGUAUGGAAGCUCCUGGGAUUCACGAGACCACAUACAACUCCAUCAUGAAGUGCGACGUGGACAUCAGGAAGGAUCUCUACGGCAACAUUGUGCUCAGUGGAGGAACCACUAUGUUCCCUGGCAUUGCCGACAGGAUGAGCAAGGAGAUCACUGCGCUUGCACCGAGCAGCAUGAAGAUCAAGGUUGUGGCGCCUCCUGAGAGGAAAUACAGUGUCUGGAUUGGUGGUUCCAUUCUUGCCUCCCUCAGCACGUUCCAGCAGAUGUGGAUAUCAAAGGGAGAGUACGACGAAUCUGGCCCUUCAAUCGUCCACCGCAAGUGCUUCUAAGCCUUCGGUCCUGGCUUCCCCAGUACCCAGUCUCUGCGCUUUCCCAUGCCUGAGUCUACCUCUCUCAACUCUGCAUCAAGUGUUCCCCAAGUCUCUGCGACCGUUUUCGCAGAUGCAGGACGUUCCUAUAUUAGUGAUGAUUUAGACUCCGCUUGUUCGUUCUAGUCAUAUAUGUCAAUAUUAGUCUGUUGGUGUGUGCGGAAGAAUCGCUGAGCCAGGUUUGGCUUCGUCGGCUGUUCUGUGGCUGCAGAACAUUAGCUUGUGUUGUGUAUGUAUAAAUAUUUGUUUGGUUGGUUGUAUGGCUUUCCAUGUUAUCUUGUACCAUAUUGGUGUGGAACUAUUAUGCUUUUUAUCAGUUGUGGUCAGCGAGGCUGGUCAUCGGUCUA